AUGAACACCACACUGCACGUUUUCACAUAACCCGUCUGCACAGCGGUCCUCAGAUUAUGGCCUGUUUGGUGCCUGCCGGUGUGAUUUCCACCACAACCCUUCCGCAUUUUCCUGCUGCUCUCGGGCUGUGACGUGUCGUGCUGACGGCGGCCUCGGAGCUGGAGGAGCGGGGGGCUGUAGCAUGACAAGAUCUGGCUCCAGACGUCCUGCUUUGCUUUCACCAGAUAUCCAGAAACAACCCCUAACCCCUCCUUCUCUGCUCCUCUCCGGCCCGCCCAAAUAACACAAAAUUCCCGACUGAAUCCUGCCCGAGUCUGGGGGAACCAGGCGGCCUGGGAAGCCGAGGAGCGGACAGAGGCCAUCCCUGCAGCAUACAUCUGCUCUCCAGUAACAAAUGCAGUGCGAGGACAAUGGAUGAGGAUGUCACCAGGCUUGCAAUACAUUCUGAAGAGCCUAAAAUAAUACUCCACGGAUCGGAUGAGGGUGGUGCUGGCGGGCAGGAAUUUGUUGUGGAGCUUCAAGAGACUGUGUUGGUGUCCGAAGGCGAGGGGGAAGGCAUGGCAGUUCACAGGUUUGCCCCAGACGAGCUAGUCAUCCAGGAUGCUGUUGAGGAUGUGGUUUCUGAGUAUGUGCACUGCGAUGAAGACGAAGAUGUCGCUGUGGAAACGUGCGUGAUGGCUCUGGAGGGCGAGGAGGAAGGUGUUGCCAUGGGAGACAUCCCUGAAGAUGGGCUGGACUCAGAGCAGCAGGAGGACGACCAAGAUGGCUGCGGAGAUUAUCUUAUGAUAUCCUUGGACGAAGCCGGUAAAAUGGUGUCGGAGGAUGGAACGGAGGUAACAGUGGAGGGAGCUGUGGAGGACCAGGAAGUGGAGAAGGAUGAGGAUGGGCAGGAGGUGAUAAAGGUGUACAUCUUCAAGGCUGAUUCUGGGGAGGAUGACAUGGGAGAAUCAGUUGACAUCAGCGAUGGAGACACGGAGAGUGUGGCGUUAACAGAGUCUUCAGGCCAAACGCUCAGAGAGAAGAUGGUUUACAUGUCUGUCGGAGAUUCUCAUCACAAUCAAGGAAACCAUGGUGGGUCCAAGGUGACUGAUGAGGUUUAUAUGGAGGUGGUGGUAGGAGGUGAAGAGCCAGUAACUCACGACCGCUCGUAUGACAGCGUGUCUCUAAGCAAGGACUUCAUGCCUGUGGCCUGGGCAGCUGCUUAUGGUGCAGAGGAUAGCGAGAGUUGUGAAAACCGAAACGGGGCAGCCAGCGCACUGCUACACAUCGAUGAAUCCGACGGCGUUGACGAAAUCAACAGACAACGCAACAAGAGCAGGAGGCGGUCGGAGCCUCGCCAGGUGCAGACAGCCAUCAUCAUUGGUCCAUAUGGUCAGCCUCUGACAGUUUACCCCUGCAUGCUUUGUGGUAAAAAGUUCAAGUCACGAGGCUUCCUGAAACGCCACACCAAGAAUAAUCACCAGGAUGUUCUGACGAGGAAAAAGUACCAAUGUACAGAUUGUGACUUCACCACCAACAAGAAAGCCAGUCUCCACAACCACAUGGAGGUGCACGCUCUGAGCAGCAAGGCCUCUUUUGAGUGUGAAAUAUGUGGCAAGGAGUUCCACCAGCAGGCGGCGUUGUUCUCUCACAGACUGCAGCACCACCACCGAGAGCCUAAGAGCCAGCCGCCUCCAACGCCCACCAAGAUGCAUAAAUGCAAGUUCUGUGACUAUGAAACUGCAGAGCAAGGACUUCUCAAUCGGCACUUGUUGGCUGUUCACAGUAAAAGCUUCCCUCACAUCUGUGUGGAAUGUGGAAAAGGCUUUCGACACCCUUCAGAGUUGAAAAAACACAUGCGCACGCACACGGGCGAGAAGCCUUACUCCUGCCUGUACUGUGACUACAAGUCGGCCGAUUCCUCUAAUCUCAAGACCCACAUCAAGACUAAGCAUAGUAAAGAGAUGCCAUACAAAUGUGAGCGCUGUUUCCAGACCUUUGCAGAGGAGGAGGAGUUAAUCCAGCACGGACUAACACACGAGGAGAACAAGACCCACCAUUGUGCCCACUGUGAUCACAAAAGUUCCAACUCCAGUGACCUAAAACGCCAUAUCAUAUCUGUUCACACCAAGGACUACCCACACAAAUGUGCCAUCUGUGGUAAAGGCUUCCACCGGCCGUCUGAACUAAAGAAGCACUCGGUCUCCCACCGCACCAAGAAACUCCAUCAGUGCCGGCACUGCAACUUCAAAAUUGCAGACCCCUUUGUUCUCAGUCGUCAUAUCUUGUCUGUCCACACAAAGGAGCAACAGGCCCCUCCUGAAAAGAGUGAGGCUAAGAGGACAGAGACACACACUCCUGUUGUGACGCCUAAAAAGUCUGCGCCUAGUGGGUCCAGCAGCUCUGGCCCACCCGGCAGAGUCAGCGCAGCCAGCUUGGCCAGCAGUGUGACUGUAGUUAUUGGCAAAGGACAAAAAGAAAGGAGAAUUUACCAGUGCCAGUACUGCGACUACAGCACCGGGGACGCUUCGGGUUUCAAGCGCCACGUGAUUUCCAUUCACACAAAAGACUAUCCGCACCGCUGCGAGAUCUGUUCGAAAGGCUUCCGACGCCCCUCGGAGAAGAACCAGCAUAUCAUGCGCCACCACAAAGACGUGGUGCAGGCAGAGUGACUCUGACAGAGCCAAAUACUGUGCCACAACAAAGAACAAUGUUGAAGAAACCAUCACACCCCAAUCACUGCACCCUCAGCACAGCACCAUUUACACUGAAAUAGUGUGGCGUGUGUGCGUGCUGCACUUGGUCCUUUCUGUUGUUUAGCCCUUUUUUUUGAUCCUCAGCCUAAUGUUUGUUCAGAAAUGUAAACACGUGUACAUAACGUUAAUGCUCUGUCAGAGUUAGCAACAGUACCCCUCUGUAGACUUGCACUUUUAACUGCAUGUCCCUUGCUGGUGACAGUGUGCAUGGCAGAUUGUGCCGAUGUCUCUUUGUAGAUAUACAUUUUUAAUUUUGCAGGCCGCAAUCAGUUGUCAAUCACAGUGGUCCUAAUUAUUUGUCUCAAAACUGAAGUGUGAUUUUUGCAAAACGUUUGCGUCAUUUUGUUAAUGUACUAAACACAGCAGUAUGGAUUAGCAACCUGUUCCCAGUAGCACUUCCCAUCUCGGUGGAAAUCAUGAGAUGAAUGCAGUCAUGAAGUCGUGUGUGUGUGUGUGUGUGUGUGUGUGAGAGAGAGAGAGAGAGAGAGAGAGAGUGAGAAAGAUAAACAAACCAUCUGUUGUGCUUCCUGGUGCUCUGACCCCACCACUCUGUAACAUAGUGCUUGCUGUUGUGUUGACAAAAACACAAGGCUGGCUGUGCACAGCACCCGGAGGAAAAGAAACGAUCAUCCUUAGCUUUGAACACAGGGCUCUACAAUCAUGAAAUGAACACAAAAUACACAGUGAAAUAGUGUAUGUGUUAUGGUAGUGAAUAAAAGUUCACAUAUGCACCUAUAUCACGAUGCGAUCAUUACCCCGUCACUUGAUUAUCACAUACCUGUCUGAUGUUUCAGUUUCGAGUCAGUGAGUGUACUGUGAGUUGUUCAGAACUAGUGUCCAAAGCAGUAGAGAUGAAGCCCCGGCUAACAGUAUUUGUAGUCCAUAAAAUGCUACCUGGGGAGUGAAAUCCCAUUAAUUUGGAGAAAAGAGUUUAGUGAUGAGGAAAAUGUAUCAUUUCAACGUUAUUACUGAUGACGAGCUGUUUGUACAGAUGGUUUGUUUUUCUAUGAACAAAGUUGUUUUUCAUAUGAAUUGACAUGUUUAUCUGUUAAAUCAUAGAAAAAGCAAAAUCUACAAGCGCCAGUAUGAUACCGAUUAUUAGGCUGGGUUUAAAAAAAAAAAAAAAAUCAGUGUACCAAUAUAACUGUCUAAAUUGGAGUCAUACAGUAUAUCUGGUACUGCUGUUAUAAAACUAUGGACUGAACUUUGUUUUCACCUACACAGAUGUACUUUUGCCAGUUGAAAGGGAAAACGUAUAUCUUUUUAGAUGCAACUUCAGAAGACAGGUGCUGAUGGCGUACUUGUACUAUGGCUUUUUACAGUUUUGUUAUCACCUGUGAUUAUUUCUGUUUUUAUAUUUAUUUCAUUUACACGUUGUUGUAUAGCUAAGUGUAACUAGACUUCUAUGGGACGUAAAUUAUUGUUUUGUAUACAAAUCUGUACAAAGCGAGUAGAUGUAAACACUUCUUAAAAAGGAAAUCUGAACUGUGUUGUUAUGGAUGUACUUCAGCGUAUUUGUUAAAAAAGGUAAUAAAAGCAAAGUAUUUUA